AUGCACAUCAGCAUGCUUCUCAGCAUGUUCAUAGCGACAGCCCUUGCAGCGCCGUUCGACCAAAAGGAGACCCGCAGUACCGGAAACGCCCACGACUCUCUCUGGAAACCAGCAGCCGGUACCAGAGGGCUAUGCAACAGCGCCUCGGACAAAGUCAUCAGCUUCGACACGGGACCCCAGCCCGAGACGAUAGUCAACAAUGCCUGCGCCGCCAUGAUGCCCACUUGCGCAUACCAGGAGCACGUUUCACAUGACGUUUUCUGCAUCCAGACCGUAGACUGGCAGCUCCCCGGGCCGAAGAACAGUACGCAGCCCGCCAAUAUAGAGGCCAAGGCGAGCAACGCGGUUGUCAACGGGUGGGUCAUCAAAUUCGCUGUAACGCCUGCUCAGCAGCCACCAGAGUCAGCCGGCGUAUUCUGGACUGUGGCAGACUGUUAUGGGUACUUUGUCUACUUGCUGGCGGGGUGCCAUAGUCAGCAAGGCUUUGGCGUUGGCAGAAUUGUCGUGGGCGGCAACACUUCGCUGAACGGGACUAUGCUCGAGACUACUAUCGUGCCAGCAUAGUAGCAUGUUUUGUCUGCGUGCUUUGUUUUAUCUGUCGCUUCUCUUCUCCUGUUGUAUCUCAGGGUUAUAGGCGGUAGGACGGAUUGAAUUAAAUUGAUGACUCCGGCUUUGUCGAUUCACCUCUUCUGAACAAGUAAUGUGGUUCUGGGAUAAGAUACAGUGGUAGAUUUGAUAGUCUGCUGUAUGUUUCAAGUUUGCUAUCGUGGC